UGUUGAUGUCAAAAAGCGUAGCCAUUUUAGAAAAUCAAAACAGAUUGAAAAUUUCGGUGCAUAAGAGCGCGAGUGCGGAAAGUGACUUUUUCGUGCGUGAAUCAAGCGUGAAAGUAGCUGGAAAAUGUUCUAAUCGGAUGGGAUUCGACCGCUUGUGCAGCAACCAUGUGGUUACGGAGCGAAACGCGCGACCGGCGGCUGCGCUCGAGCAGUUCCCGCGUCACGGUCAAGAAUAAAAAGCACGCAAAAUUUCACCCCUCAAAACCCGCGACCAAACGGGGCCCACUUCCAACGGUGACGACGCCCGGUGGCCGCAGUCGUCCGGUGGUCCGAACCAGUCCGCGACGGUCGGGAGGCGGUGGGCGAAGAAGCGAUAAGCCGCCGUCGGACGACGGAGUUGGUGGUGAUGGUGGUGGUGGGGGAGGAGAGAAUGAGAUUCCGGAGGAAUGCAAGGAAAACUGCUGGCAGGACAGCAACGAUCUCACGCUGUUUGACUCGGGCGUAGGGGUGAAGAGCUCGUACGAGGGUGCGACCAGUUUGUAUGCGAGGAAGGCGACGGAUGAGAUUGGUUCGCCGGACGAUUGUCUGAACCAGUUUGGGGUGAUCUCGUUCGAUGGGGGGAGUAAAACUUCGAUCUCUCAGCAGCCGGUUGAACCACUUAAAUCGAAAUGUGUCACCGAGUGUGACAGCACGACGGAGAUUGACUGCGACGUUAGCUAUCCCUCGACGUCCGGGUUCUGCAAUCGACGUCCUUUGUUACCGUCGCCACCGCCGUUGGAUGUGGUGGUUCCGGAGGUUGAUUCCACUACCGAUACGAUUCCGGACACGACGAACGAGCUGGAACCAGUCACCAGCAUAGUUCCCUCGUUUCAUCCGGCUUCGGCCUCGUCCUCGUCGUCAUCGUCAACGUCUUCUUCGUCGUCAUCGUUGUCCUCCACUUUUCAACCGGCCAGCUACAGCAGCUGCUCGUCGGUGACCGGUCCGGAAGAACAACCCGCCUCGAGCAGCUACUCCCCAAAUGCGACUUCGGCGACGGCGGAUCUGAUUUCGAUGUUCGACGAUGAGCACUACAAGAACGCGGGGGAUUUUCAGUACACGGACUUUCUGCCGUACAACACGCUACUCACGCAGGCGCUGCUCAGCUGUGGCGACGUCUCUAGCCUCAAUCUCAACUGCGACAACAUGGCGACGGGGACCGGGAACGAUUCGGGUGGCUUUCUUUCCUCGAUCAAUCCGACGGCCAUUGAGAACUUGAAGGCGUUGACGAAUUUUCAAACGGUGGCAGCGACUGCGGCCGCCGCCACCCUGGAAGAAACGAUGGCCGGGCCAAGCUCGAGCGGGGCGUAUUUGGGCCAGGAGCUGGUCGGGACGGAGUCGGAAUCGUUGAUCCACAACAUUGAGUGCACCGAAACGAUUGCGCUGUGCGGCAGGGCUGACGAGGGGGACGCCGGCGGCGCGAUGCAUUUGGAGUCGGACGAGUGCAUGGAGAUUGAGGAAUCGAACGACGCCCAGCACGAGCACGUCGCGUGGGAAACGUUCGAUCCGUACGUGUUCAUCAAGCACCUGCCGCCGCUGACGUGCGAGAUGCGGUCCAAGUGUCCGGCGCUGCCGCUCAAGACGCGCUCCAGUCCGGAGUUUAGCCUCGUGCUCGACCUGGACGAAACGCUCGUGCACUGCAGCCUGCAGGAGCUGUCCGAUGCGAGCUUCAAGUUUCCGGUGCUAUUCCAGGAGUGUCAGUAUACGGUGUUUGUGCGCACGCGGCCCUUCUUCCGCGAGUUUCUCGAAAAGGUUUCGCAAAUCUUCGAGGUGAUUCUGUUUACCGCCUCCAAGCGGGUGUACGCGGACAAGCUGCUCAACCUGCUCGAUCCCGAGCGGCGGCUAAUAAAGUAUCGUCUCUUUCGCGAGCAUUGUGUGCUAGUCAAUGGCAAUUAUAUCAAAGAUUUGACCAUUCUGGGGCGAGAUUUGUCCAAAACCAUCAUCAUUGACAACUCGCCGCAAGCAUUUGGAUAUCAGCUGGAAAAUGGAAUUCCCAUCGAGAGCUGGUUCAUGGAUCAGAACGAUUCCGAGCUGAUGAAGAUAUUGCCAUUCUUGGAGCGAUUAGCGGAAAUGAGAGAGGACGUGCGGCCGCACAUUCGCGAAAAGUUUAGGCUGUUUUCGUACCUUCCGCCGGAUUAAGGCGCGCACCGGCGCGCAGCCGGCGAUGACGACGACAGCAAACAAUCAGUAUCAAUAUCUCAUAGCUAAAGUGAAUUUGCAUCUCCUGCGCGGGCGCGCUCUGUUUGAAGCGCGGGCUUCAUAAUUUAAUACCUUACUCUAAGCCAGAAAGAAGAAGAACAUUGAUCUAUAGAUAAAGAGAAAUUGCAUAAACAUACACAUUUAGACAAGGGCACACCAAAACAAACAUGAUUGUGUAACAAAAGCAUACAAAACAAUUAAGAAUUAAAAGUUUACAAACUCUAGAAGGGUAAGCAACACUAGAUGUUAAACACUAAAAAACAAACAAACACAAAAAAAAAACAAUUAAGAAACCAGAAACAUAACCGUGCAGUACACAGAAUAAUCGAUAAGCGUAAACUUAACCAAGCGAAACUAGAAUUUUUCCCUUGACCCAUUUGUAAGCGUUACUGUUACUUUUCACUUUGUUACUGUGGGUUUUGAAUCCUUUGCAGCAUUAACAAAAGUAAGUUGAAUAAUAACGUAAAGAACAAACAAGCAACAACAAAA